AUGCCACGAAUUACAAAAGUGAAUCAUUUUGUUAAUACACCACCAUUUCGCCUCAUCAAUCCUCCAUAUAAUACAAAGACAUUAUAUGGUUUACCACAACAGUUAACGGUUGGAACAAACGGUUUCUUUUCGACAUCACGUAAUUUGGAUAUCGCACGACAGUUUAUUGCUGGUACAGUUGAUAAUGAACAUUAUAAAUCUAUUUUAUUUCAUAUAAAAGCUGAUACAUCUCUACAAACAGUAAUAUUUGCUGAUAUUGAAAAAUUCAGCCGUAUGUUAGAUGAACAAGAAGUUUUGUUUAGUAUUGGCGCUGUUUUUGAAAUUGAUUCGGUUGAAUUUGAUAGAGAUUUAAAUGUAUGGAAAAUUAAUAUGAAAAUAAAAGGUGAUAGUUCAAAUGAUAUUAAACAAUAUACGAAGAGCAUAAAACAAGAAUUAGGUAAGUUUACACCAUCGAUCCUAUUCGGUCGUCUUCUUUUUAUUCAUCUGGGACAAUUAGAAAAAGCUGAAUAA